AUAACACAGAAAGCCGCCUCCGGAGGUGUGAUGCAUUAUGGGAAAGAGAUAGUCAGCGAGUACGGUUUUACCAAGCUCAUGUCUAUGAUCCAGCCCGGGUGUAUGUUUUAUUACCUUCACCGAAGCUGAAGGAACAGGAAAAAGAUCGCAGAAAUGGACUGAAAAUAAACGACCAGCUCCAUCUCGCUGCUAUGACAGCCGCAGUGCACAACCACGUCAGCUAUUUUAAGAUGCAACUAUCCUGCCACUGAGCACAAUGCCUUGUGGAAUUCCUCCUCGGCAACUCUGAUAUCUCAUGGUAGCAUUCCAAAAUUAGAGACCUUCGGAUAAAUGUUAAUUUUUCGGCAAAAGGAUUGCUAGUCAAUCUGGAGCACAUACCAUUUUUGAACAACAAAUCUACCAUCCAGGUUUUUUUUUUAACAGUCAUUGAUUUUUAAUAUCCCACCGGGUGAAAGCUUAUCAUGAGAUUCCGAAUUUACAAGAGGAAAGUGGUGAUCCUGACUCUGGUGGUCCUAAUCUGCGGAUUUGCCGUUUGGAGCAGUGGGAAACAGAAAAGAGGAAAUCCUGUUUUUCCUAAAGAAGUGGAGGCUGUAAAGAAAAGCAGCAUUAGUAGUCUGGCACAGGUCACAGCGUCAGUAACCCGGAAACCAGGCAAUGACACGCUUCCAGAAAAACAAGUUUUACUCAAACCUUUGACAGAUAAUUCCACUCUGGUGUACCGGGGGAUUGUGUUCCAAAUCAACUUUGACCAGACCUUAAGGAAUGAGGAGAAGUUCAAGUCAAAACGCCAGAAGGACGACCUGGUAGUAGUAAUUCAGGUUCACAAUCGACCAGAGUACCUGAGGUUGCUUGUAGAAAGCUUGAGAAAGGCAAAAGGCAUUGAGAAUGUCCUACUUAUAUUCAGCCAUGACUUCUGGUCGCCAGAGAUUAACAGUAUAGUUUCAUCGAUCGACUUCUGCCUUGUCCUUCAGAUAUUCUUUCCUUUUAGCAUCCAGCUGUAUCCUCAAGAGUUUCCAGGGAAUGACCCUAGAGACUGCCCUAGAGACAUUUCCAAGAAAGACGCCUUAAAACUCGGCUGCAUAAAUGCAGAGUACCCUGACUCUUUUGGCCAUUACCGUGAGGCGAAAUUUUCCCAAACAAAACACCAUUGGUGGUGGAAAUUACAUUUCGUCUGGGAGAGGGUCCGUGCGCUGAAGGAUCACAAAGGAUUGGUGCUUCUUAUCGAGGAGGACCACUACUUAGCCCGAUUUUACCAUCUUCUCAAGCUGAUGACCUCUCUAAAGAAGGAGCAGUGUGCUGACUGUGACAUUAUUUCGUUAGGGAGUUACGGGCACAUCGGUUAUGCCAGCAAAGCCAACCGCGUUGAGGUGAAGGUCUGGAAAUCCACAGAGCACAACAUGGGCAUGGCCAUGGACAGGGACACAUACCAAAAACUCAUCCGGUGCACAGAAGCCUUCUGCACCUACGAUGAUUACAACUGGGACUGGUCCCUUCAGCAUCUAACUGUGAACUGUCUGCCCACUUUCUGGAAGGUCAUGGUGAGUGAAGCUCCCCGUAUCUUUCACGCUGGGGAUUGUGGCAUGCACCAUAAGAAGUCCACAUGUAUGCCCAUUAAUCAAAAGAGAAAGGUAGAAAGUAUACUUCAGAGCAGCACAAACCAGCUGUUCCCAAAAAAUCUGCUCAUCACAAAGAGACUGCCUGCAUCUGGGGCUGGUGGAGUUGCCCCUCAUGUCAAAAAUGGAGGAUGGGGUGAUAUCAGGGACCAUGAACUCUGCAAGAGCUAUCUUCGGUUACAGUGACCUUAUAUUGUUUUUUGUUUGUUGGUUUGUUUUUCAUUUUCUUUUGCAUCCUCUAAUGAAAGCCUUUACAAAUUCUUAAUGGACUACUUCUUUAUAUUGCCUGUUUUGUUGAAAUAUUCCAAAUAAAAAGGUAUAUGGGA